CCAGGGGUGAAACCCAUCGCUGCGGUGCGUGGUACAUCCGUGCUCCCGCUUCCGUGCCGCCAGAGGGGUGAGCUGGCGGUGGGAAUCACUUGAAUUGUCUUUAUCGCGGGGCGCGGCCAGUGCGUAUUGCUGACUCUGGAACCAUGUUGCCCUAUGGCCAAAUGGAGGAGUUGCUGAAUGCCACCCAAGCCGAAUUACAGAGACUCCUACACGUGGCAGAGGAGCAACGACUGCUUUGGAAUGCAGAGGUGCUGGCGACGAGCCAACGUUUGCAAUCCAUCAAGCCGAUGGAAGUGGUCUCCGAGUGCACAGAGGAGCGCUGGGACGAGUCCAAGUCCUCAGGUGCUAAUCGCUCCAAGAGCGAGAUCUCCGACUGGAGCGAUGAAGGCACCGGCGCCGCCGUGAUGCCAGCGAGCGACGUGCGGCGCUACCAGAGCACGGCCAGCGGUCCACAGUCCGAGCCGAGCCAACGGCCCUUAGCCGCGGCCGAGGAGCUCGUGGACUGCGUGCCCAGCAUCGAAGCGGAGACCUCGCCGAAGAGACGUUCCACCCGCUCCAACCGGUCCGAUGCAUCGGGCCGUGCUCGGGGAGCGAAGAGCUCCUCCCGGCGGAGCAGUGAGGGAGCAGGAGCUUCCUCAUCACAGCAGGUACGGAAGUCUCCCUCGCAUGGCUCGGAGGCCUCCCAUGUGUCGGACGGCAGCGAGGCCUCCAACGUCUCGGACGGCAGCGUCGCCAGCGACGCGAGCGACGUGAGCUACGUCGAGGACUCCACCGAGACGAAGUCCAAGCGGAGGAAGAGGGGGAGGCGAUCCUGUGAUAAGAAGAAGGCCAAAGAUAACACCUUGGGGCUGCUGAUGAACGAGAAUCAGCCCAAGAAGCAGCCCACGAGCCAAUGGCACAAGAUCGGUAUCAAGGUCACCAAACACUUGGACCACAUCGCAGGUGCGUUAGUCUUGCUGAACUCCUUAUCCAUGAUGAUUCAACUGGAGAUGGAGGGGCGCACCAUCGCCUCCCAGCUAGGCUUUCCGGAGGGCCACAACUUCACCGCGGCCUUGCCCACCUUCCGCACCGUCGACACCAUUUUCGUGUGGGUCUUCCUCGCGGAGCUCCUGGUGCGUAUGGUCGUGGAAGGCUGCCACUUCGUCAAGGACAUUGCCAACUGGUUGGAUUCCAUUCUGGUGGCCGGCGGCCUCAUUGACUUCAUCCUGGCCACAGUCGGUGGAGGUCAACAGGAUGCGGCCACCUUGCGGCUCAUUGCCGCGAUGAAAGCUUUCCGCGCGAUCCGCAUGGUGCGCAGCUUUCGCUUCUCUCCGGGGCUUCGGAUGUUGGUCAAGGCGUGCCAGUGUUGCUUGCCCUCAUUAUGCUGGUCAAUGCUCCUUUUAGCGGUUUUCAUGUGCAUGGGAGCCUUGAUCAUGGGCAACUUGUUGCAAGAUUACAUCACGGACGAGAACAACUUGAUCGAGGACCGCGAGUGGAUUUGGAAGCGCUACGGGACCACGUACCGUGCCAUUUACACACUCUAUGAGAUCACCUUUGCAGGCAACUGGCCUUCCAACGCUCGUCCUGUCUUGGACAAGGUGAGCCAGAUGUUCGUCAUUUUCUAUUUGCUUUAUGUGACGAUCAUCGUUUUCGCGGUGAUCCGAGUCAUCAGCGCAAUUUUUCUCAAGGACACCUUGGAUGAGGCGAACAACGAUGCACAUCAAAUUGUCCUCGAUAGGUUGAGAAAGAAGGCAGAGUAUGUGGAUCGCUUGGAACAAACCUUCCACUCCAUCGACAACUCCGAGGACGGGGUCUUGACCGAGGCCCGUUUGACGGAGGCCUUGGCCAAUCCGAAGGUGAAGGCCUAUUUUGCAACCUUGGAGAUUGAUGUGCAGGAAGGUGCCGCUUUAUUCCACUUGUUGGACAACGGAGAUGGUGAGGUCACGUUGGACGAGUUCAUCUCUGGGGUGAUGAGAUGCAAAGGUCCGGCCAAGGCCAUCGAUACCUUCGCCCUACAACGAGACUUGGGGAAGUUGGACCACAAGAUCUCGAAACUGGUGGGAAAGUUGGAAGAAGUGCAGGCUGCGAGCCCCUUUAAGGCAGCCCAAUAUGAUCGACACAUCACGCCACUGGCCAGUGAUCUCAUGAUGGGGCUUGGUGGUGUAGGCAGCGUCCCAUCUUCCUCGUUGCCCUCCAAGCAGCCGGCUUGGGCCCAGGUGGGUGCUGGUUCGCCGGUGCUCGUGGCGAACCAAUCGCCAACCACCUCCACACAGCUAGGGCUCUUGGUGAAGACGCCCGACACGAAGACGCCCGAGCGCAAAGUCAGCGUCUAAGACGCCGCGUAAAACAGCAGAGCCCCGCGGAGCUGGAACACGGCCGCAUAAAACCUGGGUCACUGCGUCCGCCGUCGUUUCACCGAGCCGUUCGCCGACGCUUUAACAAGCCUCCCGGUGGCGGUUCGCGUAGGACCCGUUCGUGCAAGCCGCGAGAGGCUCCUUUUUUUUCAGCCAGGUGUGACACCACACCGUGCGGAGAGUUAGGUUUUCCUGGGAGAGUUCUGAG